GCGGAGGAGCCGGCGGUGGUGUGUGAAGAGCUGCCGAGAUGUGGAGGAGAUGCGGCUCUGAAUGAACCACCAUGGACUGCAGAGUCAACGAGAACCCGGAGAGCACCUUUGACCUGGUCCUGCAGGUGGCGUGUCCUGCGUCCGAGAACGAAGAUCCAGCGGUGUUGUGGAAGUUCCCCCAGGACUUCGAAGACCAGGAGGUGCUGCAGACCGUGCCCAAGUUCUGCUUCCCCUUCGACGUCGAAAGAGUUUCGCCGAACCAGGUUGGACAGAAUUUCACGUUCGUGCUCACCGACAUCGAGAGCAAGCAGAGGUUUGGGUUCUGCCGGCUCACCUCCGGGUGCAAGGUCUGCAUUUGUCUUCUCAGUUACCUCCCAUGGUUCGAGAUUUUCUAUAAGCUGCUAAAUACACUGGCAGACUACUUAGCAAAACACCAGGAAAAUGACUUGAAUGAUGUGUUAAAAUCAUUGCACAGCCAUCCAGUGCCAAAGCCAAACGCUCCCGUCAGUCUGAGUGUGAACGAGCGGUUGCACAUUGCCACUGGGCACGUUGUGAAAGAUCCCCGAAGCCAGGAGCCGCAUUCAUACUUCAUAGCUCCUGAUAUUAAUGGACUUCCGACCAUUCCAGAAAGUAGAAAUUUGACUGAAUACUUUGUUGCUGUGGAUGUGAACAACAUGUUGCAUCUUUACGCCAGUAUGCUGCAUGAACGACGCAUCAUCAUUACCUCAAGCAAGCUUAGCACUUUAACUGCAUGUGUUCAUGGGUCCGCUGCCAUGCUUUUCCCAAUGUACUGGCAGCACAUCUACAUCCCUGUGCUUCCUCCUCAUCUCCUCGACUACUGCUGUGCUCCCAUGCCAUAUCUCAUUGGCGUUCAUCUCAGUUUAAUGGAAAGAGUUAAAAGUAGAUUCCUGGAAGACGUGGUCAUCCUGAAUGUGGACACAAACACCCUGGAAAGCCCCUCGGAUGACCUGCAGAACUUGCCCAGCGAUGUGGUCUCCUCGCUGAAGAGCAAGCUGAAGAAGCAGUCAACAGCGACGGGAAGUGGCGUGGCCCGAGCCUUCCUGCGGGCACAAGCGGCGCUGUUUGGGUCUUACCGCGAUGCUCUGAGAUACAGACCUGGAGAACCAAUCACUUUCUGUGAGGAAAGCUUUGUGGCUCAUCGAUCCAGCACAAUGAGAGGCUUCCUUGAAAUGGCUGUAAACCUGCAGCUCUUCAAACAGUUCAUCGAUGGCAGACUGGCAAAAUUAAAUGCAGGAAGAGGCUUUACAGACGUCUUUGAGGAGGAGAUCACAGAGGGCGGUUUCUGCCGAAGUAAUUCAAGAUCUUAUCAACAGUGGACGCAAACAGUGAAGAAAGGAGGAGCUCUGAUCAACACGGCUGUAACCAAGGCGAGCCCGGCGGUGAAAACAGCCUACAAAUUUGCCAAAAGUCACGCCAAGCAAGGCAUCAAGGAAAUGAAGAGCAGGUUGAAACCCAAGGAGGCGGAAGAUGACGACGGGCCCGUCUGCUCGGGUUCUCCCACCAGCACUAAGAGCCUCUCGCCGAAGAGGCUCCAGAAGCGGAGAAGGUAUCACACAAAGUCCCCGAUGAGCGUAGGCUGUCCGGACUUUGCCAUCGACGACGACGAGUUGGACACGGCCAGCAAGAUCUCCUCAGAAGACAGCGGGGAAGUGCCUUCCUAUACGGAGGACAGCGAUGACUCGUAUGAGUUGAACGCAGCCUCUGAGAAUGCGGGUAACAUGAACCUGCUGGAGGAGAUCCUCGACACGCUGAGCACGACCACCGUGGAUCAGGGCAAGCUUUCGGGUGCCAAAAGUUUAGACUUCUUCAGAUCCAUGGAGGACAUUGACUACAAGACCGCGAACAAGUCGAACCCUCCCAGCGACAGUAACCUGACCCAACUGGGCACCAGCGGCACCGAGCAGGACGGCUGGAACCUGGGGCAAGACGACAGCUCCGUCCACGGGAAGUACCUGCCUCCCUCCCCCCGCCGACAGAGCAGUACGAAGCGAGACUGCAGCGUUCACAAAGAGAACCUCCUGGAUGUCCCCGAGAUCCCUGCCGUCUCAGAGCCCCCCCAGCUGGACUCUUCAGCUCCCAAACUGCAGCGUUCCAGCGGCUCCGGCCCCAUCCUCCGCAGGAAGGUGCUGUCCAAACGCACUCUGAAGCCCUACCAGGAGCGUGCCCAGCAGGAGGGGCGUGGCGAGGACGAUGGCUCUCAGACAUCUCCGCGGCAGGCCUCGCUCCUGGUGCCCUGGGAGAAGGAGGACCCCCCGGGGGGUGGUACGCCGCAUGCCGAAGAGGGGAGCCUGCUCAAAGAGAUCGAGUCUGUGUGCCGCUUGAGCUCGGCGUUCCAUAGCGGCCUCAAGAUGUCCGAGCUGGGGAACGACGCUGUCGACAAGUCCUGAAGCACGCCCCCCACUGGAGAAUACGGUCCAUGCACUGCUCAUCAUGUCCAUUUCAGCCGUUCAGUUAGUGUAACGGAGGAUCGGUUAGUUUAAUAGAGGAUGUAGCAACUUUUGCUGACCACGUUGGUUCAGACUUGUGUUAUUUUUAAUUUCAUAUUCAUUUUCCCAUUUAUCCUUGCACUGGCAAAAUUUUAAUGUCCCCUAAAUUUUAAGUUUAUAGUUUAAAUUUAAAAUUUUAACUCUUCUUGAACUAGUGGGGAGAAGUAAAUCUACUGAGUUCUAUUCCAGCACACUCAAAGGGAACUAGUUUGGUUAACAGAAGCAAGACUUUUAAAAGGGAUUGAAUAAUUUCUUGUGCUUGUUGUAUAGCCUGUUAGACUUAAAUCCCCUCUUCUUUUAGUUGUAUCAUAUAGUUGCACUGGAAAAGGGUACUCUUUUGUCAUUUCGGAGAGGUACUGAUCUAUCACUGUGUUUUGAUGAACAAUCAAGUUUUAACUGUUUAUUUUACCAGUGUAAAAUAAGCUAAAAAUUACCAGUCUUUUGACAUUCUGUGUUGUAAGCCCUUCCUUUUCAGUCGUGUAAUGUAUUGCCUUAAAAGGUUUGUUUCGGUCACCUUGCAGACUGAAUAUGCAGUUGUUCUGAAGCCACUUUAAUUAUUAGUAACAUACUUGUGUACAUUUGCUAAAAUUUAAAACGACAGCCUCCCUCCCAAGCUUUUUUUAAAAGAUAUUUUUAUGUAAUGCAGACAGAAAAUGCGUAUUUCAGUCAUGUAGUACAAAGAGUAAUCAGGUUUCAAUUUAAAAGUUUAUCUAGUUGUUUUUCUCAGGUUGCACUUGUGGCGAUUUUACCGGGGUAGAUGCGAAUCGACAGGUAGGAGAGGAGAGGAGA